UUCAUAGUGUGUGAUCUGUCAGUGCGCUUCGACACCCUUGUACAUUUGAAAUCGUCCUGAAGUUGUUUUGCAGCUCCUUAUUUUACUGUUUUUAUAACGCCUGCUUGUGUGUUUUUUAAUCCAGUUUUCAUGGUGGAAAAUUGUUUAUCCCUCGCAGCAAGAAGUGUUUGCCAACUGUAUAUAUCUUUCCUUGUGUGUUUUUAAAAAAAAUGGUGUGUUCGUAGUGGAUGCUUGGAGGUGGACAUUGGACAACCGUUUUGACGAAUUUGGGGUUUCUGAACAGUCGGAACUUUUUGAAAAGUGUUGGCGGCUGUACAGCCAUGUCGGGGAAGGGUAGUGGUGGUGGUUCUAGUGGUACUGAUUCUGGGGGUACUGAUUCUGGGGGUACUGAUUCUGGGGAUGAUAGUUCUCGUGCAACCCGUCGCGCGAGGAUUCUGGCGCAGCGAAGAGAAACGGUGCGAGCUGCAGUUGCAGCAGAAGCAGCACGAAGAAAAGCGGCCGCGGAAGCAGCAGCUGAAAGAGCAGCACUUGCAGAAGCAUCAGCGGCCGAAGCAUCGGAAGCAGCAGAGUCGGAGCUGCAGCAAAGGUACACCGAACUAAACCCGGAGGCCUCCCCGGGCAGUCCUUCCAGUAGAGCGAGGAGACUGGCACGGCUCCACGAAAAUUCCGUCGAGCGUGAAGGUGCAAUGGUAACCGUGGCGCAGUGGAUCUUGACUUGUUUUCCUCCGUCUGGAGAGGGUGCCUCCUCAGGCGGAAGUGCUGGCGCUGGUUCUGCCAGCCCUAGUAGGAGUGUUACAGAAGAGAACUCGCCGAGUCAGGACAUAGCUGCUCGUUCUACAACGUUAGAGGCGCCGCCACGUCCGUCUCACGAUACCUCUGACGCACACCGUCACGAGACCACGGGGACGGUACACGUGCUGGCUUCGGACUGUUUAGUUGGCGGUCAGAAUGCAGCAACAGAGGAGGGCGUGCAAUGUCCGGACGUGAGUAUUUCUAGAACGAGUCAGUCGCCAUGUCUGUCCUCAGCCGACUCUGUCACCGACCGUUCUGGGGUCACGGCAAUGGAACUUUGGCCGUCAGAGAGUAGUCUACGGCAGGAUAUUGGUUCUGUAAGUCGUCAGCUGGGGGCUAUAGCAGAGAGUCGUGGUGACGAUAGCGCGGGCAGUACUUCUGUCCGUACUCUUCCUGGGUCGACUCCCUGCUGUGGUGAGGCUACAAGAGAACCGUUUGAGUCUCCUCACGGGGCGGGGUUGAGAGAUGCGCAUGCUUGUGGGGCAAGAAGCCUGGAUCAGAACGACGGCGGUGUGCAGCAGUCUGGAGAGACCCUUGGAAAUAGUGAUGUCGGAAACAAUUAUGUCAGUAGUGACCAACGUCAAGAGGGGAAACGGGAACGAGGGUUUAUCAAAAGGAGGAAAACUGGAGAGUCUGAUGAUGACGAUAAUGACGAUGAUGAUGAGAAUUCGGCGAUGAGGCAAAGUAAGAAAGCUAGACUGGCGAAAACUGAUUCGGUACCUAGUUUACAGGGGUCGGGUGGUGUUGAUAGGUCAGAUGGGGCGGCUCUCUGUGCUCCUAGUGCUACUACAACUGAGCGAAAUUUUGCAGGGAGUACAACGAGCGGACCUAGUACGGCCACAGAAUACAAUAGCAUUGAGCGUGUUAGGUCCACGAUGGGCCAAGGACCCGACUCCACAUUGAUGCCGUCAAUAUGCUGGGAAAAUCUUUUUGUGUUUAACGAGAGCUACAUCAGGAUGAUGCGGUGGUUGUUGCCAGACAGGCAUAGAGUCUACCACAACUUUUUGUACGGGCCCGGGUGUGAUGAGGUAGUCGACCCUAAUGCAGCCAUCCGGGAGUUAGAUGAUGUGGUGAAGCCUAGGAAACGUCGUUUGGCCCGGGACAACGAACUCGAGCUGGUUUGGAAGAAUUGUCGGGAUUAUGAUUUGUACGUGCGUCGAAGAUACGAUGGGAAUGACUGUAGACGACCUUCAAGUGGUCGGGGACAAGCUGGGAGUAGUAGUGAACGAGCUGGGAGUAGUAGUGAACUAGCUGGGAGUAGUAGUGAACGAGCUGGGAGUAGUAGUGAACGAGCUGGGAGUAGUAGUGAACGAGCUGGGAGUAGUAGUGAACGAGCUGGGAGUAGUAGUGAACGAGCUGGGAGUAGUAGUGAACGAGCUGGGAGUAGUAGUGAACUAUCUGAUGGCUUUUAUGAACGGAGUAUGAUCAUGUUUUGGCACCUUUUAAUUCCUGAACCAAUUGACAAUAUUCGUGAUGAGACUGAGCAAUUUGCUCUCAUAAGAAGACGAGCCCUUUUGCUGAACGAAUUGCUCUGUCGGUUUCGGCUCAUUGAGGCCAACAGAAGGAACAUGGCCAGAGGGAGAGACGGAAAUCCAUCGUGUAGAGAGAAUGGUGGUGUUUCGAGAGAUGCAAAUUUGUCCGAAGGAGAGAAUGAUUCCAAAGGGAAAGUCAAUAAUAAUAUGCCCAAUAGUGAUAAGGAUGUAAAUGUGAGGGAUGGUGGCGUUUCAUGUAGAGAAGGGUGCAGUGCUGUUGGUGUACAUAGUUUAGGACAGGCUGCUGGUAGUGUCAGACAGAGUGCUUUACCUAGUGGAAGAGAUGGUGAUGGAGAGAAUAGUUUACCCAGCAGAAGAGGGAGUGAUGGGGAGAAUACCGGCGGACGAGAUCAUGUUGGCUAUUCUGUAGAAAACGAUUUGUUCAGUGAACGAGACGGUAAUAAAGAGAACGUUUUACCCAGUGAUGAAGAUACUGGGACAAGGGAAAAUGCUUUCCCUAGUGGACGAGAUAGUGACGGUACAUGCGAGAGUGCUUUACCCAACGGGCGAGAUAGAAAUGGUACAGGAGAGAAUGAUUUUCCCAGUAGACGUAAUGUUAGUUGUGCUGAGGAGAAUAAUUUACCCCCUGGGCAAGAUGAUUCUGGUGUCGAAGAUGAUUAUUUACCCAACAGAGUGGACGGUAGCGCUGCUCAUACAUCUUUUGGAGCAACUGGCAACGCGGAUGGAGGCACGCGAUCUUCUGGACCAGCCAGUGAGGUGUACCCGAUGCGCAAUAUUAACAAACUGAGGGCAGUCGUGAGGACCGGUGGUCGUUCUAGAGUGCUGAUGAGAGAUAGAAUCGCAUUGGCUGUCCGUUUAACCGAGCUCAACGAAGACAAUUUAGCAGCUUUGAACUACAGAAUAGUUACGGGGAGGACCCGCGCUCUGUGGACUCUUGACAUGGCGGCAGCAAGGAGGAAGUGGGAUGUAUAUUUGAGGUAUAACCCUGCCCCGGCUGACCAGCCUCGCACGCGUAGUGUUCUGGAGGAAUAUUUGGGCCCAGGUUUUAGGAGAUUUGACACUAGUCCAAGUGGUGGUGGUGCUGCUGUUGCUUCUGCUGCAGCUGAUGGUGGUGGUGGUGCUACAGGUGGUGGUGGUGGUGCUGCUGCUGCUGCUGCAGGUGGUGGUGAUGUAAACGGUGGUGGAGCAAGUGCUCGGGAAGGCCGUAGUGAUGGGGGUGGUGGGCGUAGGCGUUGGCGUCGGCGUCGGCGUGGGCGUCCUACGGAUUGCGGCUGUGGUGGAGGAUGCGCUCGCUGCCAGCAAGAGCCAGGUCUAGGGAGCAGUGCCGCGGACCUCGGGGAGAGUUGCCAUGGCGACGAGGACGCCGUGGGCGAGGAGGAGGACGAGAGGUCGUCAGUGUGUAGCCUGCUGUUCAGCUCGGUGGAGUCCCGCACGUCCGCCUGUUACGACGACCCCGAGGUGGCCUGCAGCUGUUGCGAGCACAACCACGGCGGGGGUGGGUAUUCUGAGUCUGAUUCGGGUUCCGAUGAGUCUGUUAGUGACGAUUCCGAGGAUAAUGAGGUUGAUGAGGGUGAAGCUAACUUUGUUGCUGCCAUUGAUGCUUGUAUUUUAGCUGAUAUUGCUGUUGCUUACGCUGCUGGUCGUGAUUCUGCUUGUGAAUGUAGGGA